UGUCUAUUUUGUCUGUCUGUUUAGGAACAUGCUGUUGUAUUUUCCCAGGUGAUAAUAUUUGAAUUGUAAAGUUAUCUAUUAGUCGAAAUAUUUAUUAGUGACCAUCAUGAGUGACUUACUUGGGUCAAUUUUAAGUUCGAUGGACAAACCUCCAUCAGUGUCGAGUGAAAGGAAUAAGCUUUUACAAAAACAAAAGAAAAUGAUAGAAAAGCAACAAGCUGCUCAAAAAGCAAAGUUGAAGCAUUUUCGGGAAAAGAUUGAAAAGGAGAUAAAUUUAUUUAUUCAAGAUCCUGCAAGACAAAAGCAUAAAUUUCCGCCAAUGGACAAAGUUUAUCGUACUAUAAUACAUGAUGUAGCUGAUAUAGCAGGUUUAUCUGCCUUUGCUUUUGGUGAAGAAGAAGUAGACAGAUAUGUUAUGGUUUUCAAAAAGGAAUUUGCACCUUCUGAUGAAGAAUUAGUUGCAUAUAGAAAUGGAGAGGACUGGGAUCCUGUCAAAGCUAAAUCAUUAGCCUUGCAAAAGGAGCAAGAGAGAAUUAAUGAGCUUGAACAAAGUAAGAAAAGAAAACAUGAAGUUUUACCAAAUAAUAACUACACAGUUAAAUAUGAAAAAUUACUUGGACGUGAUGCAGGAAAGGCUGCAGCACGAGUAGCUACACCAAAUAAGCAGUUUGGCUUCGUCCCUAGUGAACAGAAAAAAGAUCAAAGGUCUAUUGAACAGACUCUAGCUGACAUACGUGCAAAGAAAAAGCUGAAGAGAAAUGAUGAAUCAAGUGAACCAUCAGGUGAUACCAAAGAACAGUCUUAGAAUUUAAAUAAAAAAAUAAUGAAGAAAA